CCACCGCAGUUUUUUUGUCAGCUGGUCACAGACCGACUCGUAGUUACGUCAAAUAUUUAUCAAGACACCAACACGUCAAGUCGAGCCGUUUGUGGCCAGCGGUGCACGGUAAAAUGAGCGAGCCGAGGGCUGCGACUGCACGGCGCCGAGUUGGAAAACUUUAGCUGAGUUUUGCUGCGCCGACGGGAAGCCUCAUGAAAAGCGAGAGUUUUAUUGUCCUAGCUUGCUGGCUAACGUUAGCUAUUUGUCUGGUGGACUGUGGCUACUAGAGAGAUGCAGAAGUACCGCCGGCCGCCGGCCAACGUGAAGCAGGAGCAGGAUGACGACUCGGACACAGAGGAGCCGCAGCUGGGGCUGCGCAGGGCGGACGGGCUGGAGUCCCAGAUCAUCCACAGCGGGCACUUCAUGGUGUCCUCGCCGCACAGCGAGCACCCUCCGAAGAAAGGCUACGACUUCGACACUGUCAACAAACAGACCUGUCAGACCUACCACUUCGGCAAGGCGAGCACCUCGCACUUCUCCAUAGACGCCUCGCUCACCAAACUCUUUGAGUGCAUGACCCUGGCGUACAGUGGAAAGUUGGUUUCUCCCAAAUGGAAGAACUUCAGAGGCCUUAAACUGCUGUGGAGAGACAAGAUCCGCCUCAACAACGCCAUAUGGAGAGCGUGGUAUAUGCAGUAUGUGGAGAGAAGAGAGAACCCGGUUUGUCAUUUUGUGACGCCGCUGGAUGGAAAUAUGGACCUGGAUGUCCAUCGUCCUGCAGAGGCCAUCGCCACAGAGGGGAAAUGCUGGAAAAGGAGAAUUGAAAUAGUCAUUCGAGAGUAUCACAAAUGGAGAGCAUACUUUAAAAAAAGGCUACAGAAGCACAAGGAUGAGGACCUCUCAAGCUUACUUACGGGUCCCGAGGAGCAGUUCUCUCUGUUUGGGGAAGUGUCUCCAGACAUGCUGCGUGUCUCCAUUUAUCAGGAUGAAGAGACGGCCGCACGCCGUAUGCCUCGAAAGCACAACGAAGCGCCGGCGCCGAUGGAGAUGGACCCGCUGUUUGACAUGGACGUUCUGAUGUCUGAGUUUUCAGACACGUUGUUCUCAACGCUGGCCUCCCACCAGCCCAUAUCCUGGCCAAAUCCCAGGGAAAUAGCUCAUGCAGGAAACGCUGACAUGAUCCAGCCGGGACUCAUCCCCUUACAGCCCAACCUGGACUUCAUGGACUCCUUCGAUUCACUGCAAGACUUAUUUCACAGCCUCCGUCAGCCCGUCUUCCCCUCUGUUUCCCCCACUGCAUCAUCUGUCACCUCUCUACCCAGCAGCAGCUCUCAGUCACAGGCCCAGUUAUUACCCUCCAUGCAGCUCUCAACCAGCCACAUCACUCCGUCUGGCUCCUUGUCCAUCUCGCCUCCCAUGGCCAGUCAGACCAGCCCCACAGGCGCGAGCGGUGAUGCUGGCUAUGUGCAAAGAUACAUGCCACUGUUUCCUGGGCAGGUGGCGCCCUCUGAUCAAGCGGCGGCUUCUCCUGCCGUCCCUCAGACUUUAGCCCGUGAUCACUUGGCACAGUGUCUCCCAGGGCAGGACAUGUCGUCUGCAGCAGCAGCAGCCGCCGCCGCCAUGGUUCCCUCGCCCCUGAACAACCCACCGGGCCUGGACGAGGCCGUGCCGUCCACACACACAGCCGCCUCAGCCGUCACAGCCAGCGACACAGCCACGACGUUCAGCCGCAGCUCAGAAUUCAGCUCAAUACCCUCACAAGCCCCGGCUCCUCCAUCGCAGCUCCAGCCCCUGGCCCUGCUACCCUCCACUCCUGUCCAGCAGCGUCAGACUUUUGCUCUGCCUCAAGUUUUCCAUUCAUCCGGUGCCAACAAAAGCCGCCCUGUGCAACGGAUCGCUCCCGCUAACACCCUUCCCUCCUCUCACCUCAUCCUUACAGCACCGUUCCCAGGCCAUGCCAAUGCUGUGAUCGUCACACCCUCGCCUCUGAAAGCAGACGUCGUCUCCAACACCGGAGUGGUCAUCGCGCCGUCUCAUCUAGUCCAGGGGCCUGGAUUUCACGUCAUGGCUCCAACUCCAAAGUCUCCGCAGCCCAUCGUCCCCAAAGACAAAUCACGAUCUUCCAACUGUAAACAUGAGAAAUCAUCCUCGUGUGCUGCUCCCAAUCAGCCAGGAUCCGGUCAGGGGUCGCCGUGCGGAUUAGAUCAAGUCCCGAGUCCUCUAUCGAUGAGCGGCAGCAGUACAUCUCUGGUGAAGAACGAACAAAGUCAGAGUCGGAGAACACACAUAUCUGCUGAGCAGAAGCGUCGAUCAAACAUCAAUUUCGGCUUUAAGACACUCUGCAACCUGGUUCCAGCUCUGAAAUCCCAACCAAAUAUCAGUAAUGCAAUCACCCUGCAGAAGACUGUAGAGUACAUCGGGAAGCUUCAGCAGGACAGGCAGCAGAUGCAGGAAGAGGCCAGGAGACUCCGAGAGGAGAUAGAAGAGCUCAACUCCUCCAUAAACGUCUGUCAGGAGCAGCUGCCUGCAACGGGAGUGCCAGUCAGACGGCAUCACUUCGACCACAUGCAGGAGAAGUUUAAUGAGUAUGUGAAGAGCCGAACGUUACAGAACUGGAAGUUCUGGAUUUUCAGCAUCAUUAUCAAGCCUCUCUUCGAGUCGUUCAACGGGAUGGUGUCAACGACGAGCAGAGCGGAGCUGUGUCACUCCACGCUGCAGUGGCUCGAUCGCCACUGCUCCCUCCCAGCACUCAGACCCAUGGUGCUGAGCACCCUUCGCCAGCUCAGCACGUCCACGUCCAUCCUGAACGACCCCUCCCUGCUUCCUGACGAAGCCAUCCAGGCCGUCGCACACGCUGAUGUUUGAUCUUGCACUCAGACAAGUUGACGUCACUCACAAGCCACUUUGUUUUGUUUUUUUUGUUUUUUUGGAGAUGGGGGGGGGACAUCAGUCAUGCAGAAAACAUAUCACGAGUGUUUUUUUAUAGCUAUUCAGCAAGAUGUCUUCCAAAGAUCCACAGAAUCUCAGAGACGUCAGUAACAGGGAUGAACAGUAGCCAAGUCUGGCUUCACCUUCAGUACGACAGGUAAAUGUGUGCUCUGCCGCACUUUGACUCUCGAUCAUAACUCACUCGGGGAGACAUAUUGUGUAAAAUAAAAUAUAAUAAUAAUAAAAAAAAAAUAGUUUUAUCUUAGUAUGUGUAAUGAACAGUAAGUACUACUACCUUCACCCGCUUUGGGUGGCAGUCUUCUAAAUGCCGUGUUGGAAGCGGGUACCUGCAGCUUUGUUUUGAACAGUAAUAGAUAUUUAAACAUUUAUCACAUAAAAAGGGAAAUCUUGAGUGAAUGUGAGCUUUGGGUUUCAAGUAUGUGGAUGUGCUGCUUUUCCUCUACGAGAAACUUUUUAUUAUGUUUUGUAUUUUUUUUGUUGAAAUAAACUGGAGGCAGUUUUUUUGGUUCCUGAAGAAGCUCAGAAAGGCUUUGCAUGGUCUUGAUGGUCCCUUGAGAGUUUUUACGUGUCUGCCCAGGACAGACCAGAGCUUCGUUGCGUCCUCCAUCCACCAUUGUCUCAGCUGAAUGCUUUAUCUGCUCACUUCACUGGUUUUCUAGUGGCUUUCCGUCCAUGCCAACUUCACUCACUCAGCACAUUUCUGCUGGGCCUGAACUGCAAAUCACAUUAAGCUUCAGUCGUAGUACAUCUGUUACACCGAUUUCUUAAGGGCAGGCCUCCGCAUGGUGAAAAAAUAUUACUUACAGCCCUCAUAGGGAUAUAUACACCUGAAAUAGCACUACAUAUUACCAAUAUAUGCCUCUCUUUAUAUACACACGCUAUAAUUACAUGCACAGUGUUGAAAGAUCUCGGCUGAACAAACAGCCGGACGUCUUUUCUAUUCUUUGUGAGUCUCUCAGGGCUACGCUGGUGUGCGUAAUGAUUUUCCACUCAUUCGCGAACAAAUCAGGGUCGUUUUUCUGCCAGAUGACGCAUUAAGCGCAGCGAGUUAUUUCACCGAUCUUCCUUUCGUGUAGUGCUUCUGGUUACGUGCAGGUUCAGAACAGAUCGACGGAAACGACCGCUCAGCCACGGCAGACAGAAAUCCGCCCAGAGCCAUACCAAAGUGCGGCUUAUCCAUGCACAGGCUGUCAUGUUGCUGAUUUUGACAUUAAAAAAGUGUGUAUGGGGUUUUUUAACAGUGGGAAAUGACGCCUCAUAGAGCCUUAAGGUCAAAGUGUCCUUCUAUCUGCGGUGCGUGUUUCUCAUUGGGCCCGAGCACUGAAGGUGCAAGGACCCAUUUGUAUCUGUAGGAAUGACUUCUUACCAAAUGAAUUGCCUUUUUUGGAGCCUGAACAUGUUUUGAAAACUCACCAAAUUUGGUACAGAAACGUAUGUAUUUCAAGGCGCUGGACUUUCACUCACUCCUCGGGGUUUCAUCCAGUCGACUUCAAAUUCGGGUGUAGACUUUGACUGUUAAAAGUUGCAGAAACUGUGAGUUUUCGUCGGAACAGUGUGGUCAUGGCGUGCCAGUGAAUUUGGAGUUUUCACCAGAUAAGAAGGAAGCUGAAGGAAAAACAGCUUCAACUUCAGUGAAUGUUGUCGAGACUCCAUGAAGGCCCAGCCCUGAACUCGUCCCCAUGGAGAAAUGUUUGGACAGUGACGUCCUCGUCGGAGGGCGUGUCCGUGGGUUUUUUUUUUUUUAAAGUAUGAGUUCCCGUUCAACACUGGAAGUCGGCCAGUUUGGAAUUGACCGUGCUUUUGCAAAGGGCUUUAACUCCUACAGGCUCCUACAGCAGGGAAGCUCCCAAACACCUCAGAUUUCCCCAGUAUACACAGCCGGCCUCACCGGUCAGGCUGCUCCUUUCCACAUGCCAAUAUCCAUUCAGUCUUAGCGCCACCUGCUGGCAUCAGGAGUGACAGUUUGGUUUAGAACAGAUCGUAUCAUCCGAUGGGCGUGCGAGAGCCCGUUGAUUGCUUUCUGCAGUUUUCUCUGUUCUCGUAGUUUUCUGGCUCAACGGUGACUGAAUGGUAAAACUACACUGAUCAGUCCUGUUUCAAACUAAGAGCCCUUGUGUCAGAUUAAAAGCCUUGAAGAGUUUCGUACCUUGUAAGUUGUUAUUAUUAUCAUUAUUAUUAUUGGCCUUCAGCACUCCUCAGGCAGACGGGAAUUUUCUGCUGUCAACUGAGUUUACGGUAGCAAAGAGCACCACUUCUAUUUAAUGAAUGUGCAGCUUUUAGGGUGCAGUCUUUUUGUAUUUUCGAUGUCAAGUUUGUUUUAUGUGUGUGUGUGUGUGUGUGUGUGUGUGAGAUCUCGCCUUUCUAUUUGGACUUUCAUCUGUAAGUGUCUCGGUGCUCAAAGGAGCUGAUCAAAACUACAGCCUUUUAUUACAAUUGUACAGAUCAAGCAUUCAGAGCUCGCCGGUUUCCCAAAAUAAUUUAUUUGUUUUUCUUUUGAUAGAAGUGUUUGUCUGAAUGCAGCUAUGGUUUUUGUGAUUGCAAGUCAUGUUUUGGACAGAUUUGUGAUCAUUUUUGUCACCUUUAAAGAAUGACAGCACAUAAGUCGCCCCAAAACUCCUGUUUGUGUUCUUUCUGUCAGGUAUUUCUGACACCCACAAUUUUAACAUGUUUGUUACUCAAGGUUGGAUUUCCGACUGCUGUUUUCUCCAGAGGAGGGUUGGGAUUAUGCCAGACGAUGUACAGUAUAUCUUUGCAGAUGGGAUCUGCCCUUGUUGGUUCCUCCCAAAUUUAUCAUAGUUUUGUUUGAGGGAAAAAAAAAACCCAACACUUUUUCUUAAUGCAGCGUAUGAUUGCAUUUGUUGCCACGUUUCCA